UGUGGACCGCUCAGGCGUUUAGCGAGGACACCUCAUUGGGUCCUUUCUUGCUGCCUUCGUGAGCGGGAGGCUGUCCUUACCGGCUCCGGGCCGAGACGGCCGAGGUUCCGCCUGUUCACCGAUACGUGAUUUUCUGCUGUUUCUUGGCAAAAAUGGCAACCAGUGAUGCCGUUCUCAAGAGACUGGAACAGAAGGGUGCCGAGGCAGAUCAAAUUAUUGAAUAUCUUAAGCAGCAAGUUGCUCUUCUUAAGGAGAAAGCAAUUUUGCAGGCAACUUUGAGAGAAGAGAAGAAACUUCGAGUUGAAAAUGCUAAAUUGAAGAAAGAAAUUGAAGAAUUGAAACAAGAGCUAAUUAAGGCAGAAAUUCAAAAUGGAGUAAAACAGAUACCAUUCCCAUCUGGUAUUCCACUGCAAGCUGAUUCUGCGGUUUCUGAAAAUGUGAUACAGUCUAUACCAAUAACAGCCAUAUCUUCUGGUGCCAAAGAGCAGAUAAAAGGAGGAGGAGGAGAAGAAGAAAAGAUGAAAGAGAAAAUUGAAAAGAAAGGAGAGAAAAAGGAGAAAAAACAACAACCAGCAGGAGGAAGUGCUGACUCUAAGCCUAUUGAUGUAUCCCGUCUGGAUCUUCGAAUUGGUUGUAUCAUCACUGCCAGAAAACACCCUGAUGCAGAUUCUUUGUAUGUAGAAGAGGUAGAUGUUGGAGAAACAGCCUUAAGAACAGUUGUCAGUGGCCUGGUGAAUCAUGUUCCUCUUGAACAGAUGCAAAAUCGGAUGGUGAUUUUACUUUGUAACCUGAAACCUGCAAAGAUGAGGGGAGUAGUAUCUCAGGCAAUGGUGAUGUGUGCUAGUUCACCAGACAAAGUUGAAAUCUUGGCACCUCCUAAUGGGUCUGUUCCUGGAGACAGAAUUACCUUUGAUGCUUUCCCUGUCAUCAGAAGGAAAGGAAUAAGAAUAUCAGAGGAAAAUAACAGGGUAUACAUCACCGAGUUGGGCCGACACCUACUUCCAGAUCCAAGCAGCAGCUGGGAAGUCCCGAGUGACAGCAAUCUGGAGCCACAAUUGGGAAGGGGCCCAGCAGUGCAUCCACCCCACAGGUAAGACUUCAGAUUGGAGUUCUGGGGGCUUCCAUUUAUAAUUCCAGGCCGCAAAUUGAUAUCAUCAGUUUGUGUGCAAAAAUGCAGCUCUGGACUCCCUUUAACAGUGCUGCUGAUUUCAACAUGUGAGUCACAAGAUUUUCCAGACCCUGAGGGACUGGCAGGUCCCCAGGGCUCAAGAAAUUCCAAAACCCACUCCCUUUGUUAUCGUAGGUGCCGCUUGACUUGCUAGCAGAAGUUGUUAGGUGUGCGAGCAAGUGCACAGUCCAGGCAGGGUCACAGGUUGGGCAGAGGCCUCCUUCUGCCUCUGAAGCCUGAAAAAGACUACUUUACUAGUUUUUCCAAAAUUCAGCCUCUAGGAUUGUUUAGGCUGAAGAGCAUAAGAAUAAGGCAAUAUAACAUGAGAAGUUUUUCGAAUACGGUAAGACAGGUAACAAUUCCAAACAGUCAGGAAAAAGAGUACAAUCAAUAGUACAGGCAAUGGAAAAACAUUGGAGAUUGGUUCAAGAUGGUGGAGUAGAAGGACGUGCUCUCACUCCCACUUGCGAGAGCACCAGAAUCACAACUAACUGCAGAGCAAUCAUCGACAGGAAGACACUGGAAAUCACCAAAAAAGAUACCCCACAUCCAAAGACAAAGGAGAAACCACAGUGAGACAGUAAGAGAGGCGCAAUCACAGUAAAAUCAAAUCCCAUAACUGCUGGGUGGGUGACUCACAAACUGGAGAACACUUAUAUACCACAAAAGUCCACCCACUGGAGUGAAGGUUCUGAGCCCCACGUAAGGCUUCCCAACCUGGGGGUCUGGCAAUGGGAGUAGGAAUUCCUAGGGAAUCAGACUUUGAAGGCUAGCGGGAUUUGACUACAGGACUUUGACAGGACUGGGGGAAACAGAGACUCCAAUCUUGGAGGGCACACGCAAAGUAGUGUGUGCAUCAGGACCCAGAGGAAGGAGCAGUGACCCCAUAGCAGACUGAACCAGACCUACCUGCUAGUGUUAUAGGGUCUCCUGCAGAGGCAGGAGGUGGGUGUGGCUCACCGUGAGGACAAGGACACUGGCACUGGAAGUUCUGAGAAGUACUCCUUGGCAUGAGCCCUCCCAGAGUCAGCCAUUAGCCCCACCGAAGAGCCUGGGUAGGCUACAGUGUUCGGUCACCUGAGGCCAAACAACCAACCUGGAGGGAACCCAGCCCCACCCAUCAGCAGACAAGUGGAUUAAAGUUUUACUGAGCUCUGCUCACCAGAGCAACAGCCAGCUCUACCCACCACCAGUCCCUCCCAUCAGGAAUCUUACACAAGCCUCUUAGAUAGCCUCAUCCACCAGAGAGCAGAUAGCAGAAGCAAGAAGAACUCCAGUCCUACAGCCCGUGGAACAAAAACCACCUUCACAGAAAGAUAGACAAGAUGAAUGGCAGAGGGGUAUGUACCAGAUGAAGGAACAAGAUAAAACCCCAGAAAAACAAAUAAUGAAGUGGAGAUAGACAACCUUCCAGAAAAAGAAUUCAGAAUAAUGAUAGUGAAGAUGAUCCAGGGCCUCGGAAAAAGAAUGGAGGCAAAGAUCGAGAAGAUGCAAGAUAUGUUUAACAAAGACCUAGAAGAAUUAAAGAACAAACAAACAGAGAUGAACAAUACAAUAACUGAAAUGAAAACUACACUAGAAGGAAUCAAUAGCAGAAUAACUGAGGCAGAAGAGCAGAUAAGUGACCUGGAAGGCAGAAUGGUGGAAUUCACUGCUGCGGAACAGAAUAAAGAAAAAAGAACAAAAAGAAAUGAAGACAGCCUAAGAGACCUCUGGGACUACAUUAAACACAACAACAUUGGCAUUAUAGGGGUCCCAGAAGGAGAAGAGAGAGACAAAGGACCUGAGAAAAUAUUUGAAGAGAUUAUAGUCGAAAACUUCUCUAACAUGGGAAAGGAAAUAGCCACCCAAGUCCAGGAAGUGCAGAGAGUCCCAUACAAGAUAAACCCAAGGAGAAACACAACGAGACAAAUAGUAAUCAAAUUGGCAAAAAUUAAAGCCAAAGAAAAAUUAUUGAAAGCAGCAAGGGAAAAAUGACAAAUAACAUACAAGGGAACUCCCAUAAGGUUAACAGCUGAUUUCUCAGCAGAAACUCUACAAGCCAGAAGGGAGUGGCAUGAUACUUAAAGUGAUGAAAGGGAAGAACCUACAACCAAGAUUACUCUACCCGGCAAGGAUCUCAUUCAGAUUUGAUGGAGAAAUCAAAAGCUUUAUAGACAAGCAAAAGGUAAGAGAAUUCAGCACCACCAAACCAGCUCUACAUCAAAUACUAAAGGAACUUCUCUAAGUGGAAAACACAAGAGAAGAAAAGGACCUAGAAAAACAAACCCAGAACAAUUAAGAAAAUGGUAAUAGGAACAUACAUAUGAAAAGUUACCUUAACAUGAAUGGAUUAAAUGCUCCAACCAAAAGACACAGGCUCACUGAACGGAUACAAAAACAAGACCCAUCUAUAUGCUGUCUACAAGAGACCCACUUCAGAACUAGGGACACAUACAGACUGAAAGUGAGGGGAUGGAAUAAGAUAUUCCAUGCAAAAGGAAAUCAAAAGAAAGCUGGAGUAGCAAUACUCAUAUCAGAUAAAAUAGACUUUAAAAUAAAGAAUGUUACAAGAGGCAAGGAAGUAUACUACAUAAUGAUCAAGGGAUCAAUCCAAGAAGAAGAUAUAACAAUUAUAUAUAUUUAUGCACCCAACAUAGGAGCAGCUCAAUAUAUAAGGCAACUGCUAACAGCUAUAAAAGAGGAAAUCAACAGUAACACAGUAAUAGUGCGUGAAUUUAACACCUCACUUACAUCAAUGGACAGAUCAUCCAAACAGAAAAUUAAUAAGGAAACACAAGCUUUAAAUGACACAAUAGACCAGAUAGAUUUAAUUGAGUUUUAUAGGACAUUCCAUCCAAAAACAGCAGAUUACACUUUCUUCUCAAGUGUGCAUGGAACAUUCUCCAGGGUAGAUCACAUCUUGGGUCACAAAUCAAGCCUCAGUAAAUUUAAGAAAAUUGAAAUCAUAUUGAGCAUCUUUUCUGACCACAACACUAUGAGAUUAGAAAUCAAUUACAGGGAAAAAAACGUAAAAAACACAAACACAUGGAGGCUAAACAAUAUGUUACUAAAUAACCAAGAGAUCACUGAAGAAAUCAAAGAGGAAAUCAAAAAAUACCUAGAAACAAAUGACAAUGAAAACAUGAUGAUCCAAAACCUAUGGGAUGCAGCAAAAUCAGUUCUAAGAGAGAAGUUUAUAGCAAUACAAGCCUACCUCACAAAACAAGCAGAAUCUCAAAUAAACAAUCUAACCUUACACCUAAAGAAGCUAGAUAAAGAAGAACAAACAAAACCCAAAGUUAGCAGAAGGAAAGAAAUCAUAAAGAUGAGAGCAGAAAUAAAUGAAAUAGAAAUAAAGAAAACAAUAGCAAAGAUCAAUAAAACUAAAAGCUGGUUCUUUGAGAAGAUAAACAAAAUUGAUAAACCAUUAGCCAGACUCAUCAAGAAAAAGAGGGAGAGGACUUAAAUCAAUAAAAUUAGCAAUGAAAAAGGAGAAGUUACAACAGACACCGCAGAAAUACAAAGCAUCCUAAAAGACUACUACAAGAAACUCUAUGCCAAUAAAAUGGACAGCCUGGAAGAAAUGGAAGAAUUCUUAGAAAGGUAUGACUUUCAAUGUGUGAACCAGGAAGAAAUAGGAAGUAUGAACAGACCAAUCACAAGUAAUGAAAUUGAAACUGUGAUUAAAAAUCUUCCAACAGGGCUUCCCUGGUUGAGAGUCCGCCUGCUGAUGCAGGGGACGCGGGUUCGUGCCCCGGUCCGGGAGGAUCCCACAUGCCGCGGAGCGGCUGGACCCGUAAGCCAUGGCUACUGAGCCUGUGCGUCCGUAGCCUGUGCUUCGCAAUGGGUGAGGCCACAACAGUGAGAGGCCCGCGUACCACACACACAAAACAAACAAACAAACAAAAAAAACAA